AUGGUAUACCGCGUAAUAGUCUUCGCCACACGCAAAUCUACCAUCACCCACGAGGAAUUUAAAGCCCGCUACGAGCAGCACAUGCGCAUGGUAGCGGAAAUAUGCGGCGAUGCAGCACCGCUCUCGCACACACGGUCGUAUCUAAAGCACGACGCGGAAUCUACCCCGAUGUUGCUAGCGGGAAGCGACAAUGAGACCUACGAUGCCGUUGUGACCAUGUCGUUUGAGGAUGAGGCGGCCUUUGGCAGGUUCUGUCUUGCGUUGAAUACGCCGGAGGCUAAGGUGAUGAUUGAGGUUGAUGAGGCGGGGUUUUGGGAUCGGGAGAGGAUGAAGGUUAUGGUUGUUGAGGAGACCAAGACAUCCUAG